AUGUUUGCACAGCUGGUGAUGGGACCGGCCGGUUCGGGCAAGUCCACGUACUGCCAUGCUCUGCAGCAACACGGUGAGAUCGUCGGCCAACUGGUGCACGUAGUGAACCUUGACCCUGCUGCCGAGCGUUUCGAGUACAAGCCUGUUGCGGAUAUUCGGGAUCUUAUCACUGUCACAGACGUUGCGGAAGAACUUAGUCUAGGCCCGAACGGAUCCCUAGUCUACUGCAUGGAGUACUUGCUUGAAGAUCAAGACUGGUUAGAGCAAGUUCUCUCUGAGACAGCAGAGGACGACUACCUGGUUUUUGAUAUGCCGGGUCAGAUAGAACUGUAUACGCAUUUCGAGUGCGUUCGGCAGUUCGUUUACGUCCUCCAGAGCCAGUUCAGCAUGCGUGUAUGCAGCAUAUUCCUUCUUGAUGCACAGUUUCUCGCCGAUGCAUCAAAAUUUUUCGCGGGCUCGCUUACCGCCAUGGCAGCAAUGCUGCAUCUCGGGUUGCCACACCUUAACGUCCUCAGCAAAGCGGACCUGCUGCGACACAGGAUCGAGCAUCGCGAUAACACGCUGGAGCCUUUGUCCUCGGACGCUGAGGCACCCAACUCUGACGAGGCACUUGAUGAGUUCCUGGAGCGCUUCCUCAAUCCUGAUAUACAGUCGCUUGUUUCGGAGCUCAGUGAACAGAUGGAUACACGGUACCGAGCUCUCAAUGAACGGAUAGGUGCCUUGCUAGAAGACUACGCAAUCGUACAAUUCGUUCCUUACUCUGCCACUGAUGAAGACAGCAUCGGUGAAUUGCUGCUGCGUGCGAAUCUGCUGCUCCAAUACGAUGAUGAUCGUGACGUUCGAAUUCAUCCCGAACUCGACUAG